GGCUCAAUGCCCUUCUCUGCUCAGGUCUAUAAUUACACUAUUUUACUACUUGUGAUGGGCUUCUAUAACUAAAAAGGAUAUAUGUUUGGGGACUGGUCUUAGACCAAUCUUGUACGUCAGUCCUUGGGGGGAGAGGAUCACCCUACUCAGCUCUAUUAGCCAUACGCAAGCUUUAAAAGGCAUGCGAUACAGACACUUUUUCGACAAGCUAUACUAAUCGCUGGGAAGAUUUUGUUAAUAUCCCUAGUCAUUUAUAACACUUAAUUUCGGUCCAAGCCAGAAGUUUCGGACACUUGGGAAGUUGAGAUACACAGAACCCAUUUCCCUCUAGAUGCUCUACAGACACUGGUAUAGGCCCAGCCUGGGUUCGUCGGUAGCCACGAUAGUAUACCAGGCCUCAUGCAAAAGAGUCUGUCACUCUACGCAUCAUCGAAUAAUGGGAAAUUUUGGAUAUAUAUGGGCACAACAAUGCCGCCAUGGCCGCAAGUCGUAUGAUAGGCAAAUUCACCAGCAUGAAGAUCGGACUUACGACGGGAAUUGGCGGUGGAUUACCAGCCGAAGAGGCCGAUAUUCGGCUGAAGGAUAUUAUGAUUAGUAGAUCUAAAUAACAGCAUAGAAAGG